AUGAUGGUCACCUGUAAUGAAAUCAAAGUAGCCAUUAAUAAAUUGAAAAAGGGAAAAUGUAUUGGAAAAGACAGACUGUGCUCGGAACAUAUCAUAUUUGCGGAUCAAAUACUGUGUGUUCUACUAGCCUUGUGCUUUACUGCAUUCUUUGUUCAUGGACACCUGCCAGACUAUUUUAUGGAUACAAUGAUUGUCCCAAUUGUUAAAGAUAAGACUAAAGAUAUCACAAGAGUGAAUAACUAUAGACCUGUUGCUAUAGUAACCGUUUUAUCGAAAUUAUUUGAGUUGUGCAUCUUAAAUCGAAUUGAAAAAUUUAUCGAGACUAGUGAUUUUCAGUUUGGGUUUAAACGCAAGCAUUCAACAGAAAUGUGUAUCUUCGUAGUGAAGGAAAUUGUCGACUUCUAUAAAAGUCACAACUCGCCCGUUUUUGCUUGUUUUAUGGACGCAACAAAAGCGUUUGACAGGGUAAACCAUUGGAAGUUAUUCAAAAAAUUACUUGAUAGGGGAAUGCCUGUAUUCAUUGUGCGUUGUCUAUUGCAUUGGUAUCGAGGUCAAACUUUUUGUAUCCGAUGGGCUUCAGAAAUAUCUGCGUCCUUUAGAGUGACCAAUGGAGUUCGACAAGGAAGCAUUCUUUCGCCGACGUUAUUUUCAAUUUAUAUUGAUGAUCUCAGUACUAGGCUGCAACAAGCGGGUGUUGGAUGUCAUCUUUUUUAUGCUGAUGAUAUUUUGUUAGUUUUACCUUCUGUCAAAUCAUUGGAAAAGCUCGUUGAGAUCUGCGAGUGUUAUGGUGAGGAGUUUGACAUUCUUUUCCACACUACUAAGACAGAAUGCAUGUCAUUUUUUCCAAAAACGUGGGGACAGACAAGUGUCCCAAGCAUGUACUUGUAUGGUAAACCUCUGGUUUUCGUCUCAGUGAAAAAGUACCUGGGUUAUAUGGUGUCAUCAGAUGGCAAGGAUGAAGCUGAUAUGAAGCGACAAUUGCGGUGUAUUUAUGCUAGGGCAAAUUUUAUUUUACGAAAAUUUAUAAAAAGUUCAGA